CUCGCGCCCCUCCUUUCCUCCCCUCUGCUUCUCCCUGGCGCGCUCCGGCUCUGGAGCCGACAUGGGCGCCGCCGCGCGGGCGCUGCGGCCUCUGGCACUGCGUGCGUCUUUGCUGUUACUGCUUCUGCCUCUCCCCGGGCUGCCCACGGGCUCCUGGGACCCGGCCGGUUACCUGCUCUACUGCCCCUGCAUGGGGCGCUUUGGGAACCAGGCUGAUCACUUCUUGGGCUCCCUGGCAUUUGCAAAGUUGUUGAACCGCACCUUGGCUGUACCUCCGUGGAUUGAGUACCAGCAUCACAAACCUCCCUUCACCAAUCUCCAUGUGUCCUACCAGAAGUACUUCAAGCUGGAGCCCCUCCAGGCUUACCAUCGGGUCAUCAGCCUGGAGGACUUCAUGGAGAAGCUGGCUCCCACCCACUGGCCCCCCGAGAAGCGGGUGGCAUACUGCUUUGAGGUGGCAGCACAGCGAAGCCCUGAUAAGAAGACGUGCCCCAUGAAGGAAGGAAACCCCUUUGGCCCAUUCUGGGAUCAGUUUCAUGUGAGUUUCAAUAAGUCGGAACUUUUUACAGGCAUUUCCUUCAGCGCUUCCUACAAAGAACAAUGGAUUCAGAGAUUUUCAGCAAAGGAACAUCCUGUGCUCGCCUUGCCAGGGGCCCCGGCCCAGUUCCCUGUCCUGGAGGAACACAGGUCACUCCAGAAGUACGUGGUAUGGUCAGACGAGAUGGUGAAGAUGGGAGAGGCCCAGAUCCAUGCCCACCUCAUCCGGCCCUAUGUGGGCAUUCAUCUGCGCAUUGGCUCUGACUGGAAGAACGCAUGCGCCAUGCUGAAGGACGGUACUGCAGGCUCGCACUUCAUGGCCUCUCCACAGUGUGUGGGCUACAGCCGUAGUACAGCGGCCCCCCUGACCAUGACCAUGUGCCUGCCAGACCUGAAGGAAAUCAGGCGGGCCGUGAAGCUCUGGGUGAGCGCGCUGAACGCCCGGUCAGUCUACAUUGCCACUGACUCUGAGAGUUAUGUGCCUGAGAUCCAGCAGCUUUUCAAAGAGAAGGUGAAGGUGGUGAGCCUGCAGCCUGAGGUGGCCCAGAUCGACCUGUACAUCCUUGGCAGAGCUGACCACUUUAUUGGCAACUGUGUCUCCUCCUUCACCGCCUUUGUGAAGCGGGAGCGAGACCUCCAGGGAAAGCAGUCGUCCUUCUUCGGCAUGGACAGGCCCCCUCAGCUGCGGGAUGAAUUCUGAUCCUGGCUGGAGAACGUCACCAGUCACAGCUGAUCCUUUCAGCCAGGCCUGGCAGCCAGAGGUGCUCUCAGGACUGCAAGCUCCUCUUCUUGCCUGCCAGAGCUGGAGAACAGUAUCAGGGAGGCAUCUCCCGCCUCCGUGCUUCCCCAUUCUCCUGGGAAUUCUYACAAAGGUAGAGCAGUCAAACCUCUCUCCUUUGUUCUCCCUGGGAUGAACAGCCUGGGAAGCUGAGAGAUUUUUUUAUAGAAGGGGAUUUUUAUAGUUUUGAUACAAGGUCAUGGCCACCCUAGAACUCUCCUUUAUUUUUAAAAGUCAGUGAAAUCCAUUAGCAUAGAUACCUAAAGUGACCUUAACAGCAAGUGGAUGGAUCCAGGGCUGGGGUGGGUCUUUUGGCCACUUUUCCAAGUAUCCCCAAAAGUGGCCCUCAGACCCAUCCCCACUGCCCAACCAGAGCCAGUGUCAUCCCCACCUCCUAGGCCAUGUCCAGGAUUGGGGUGUGUGUAUGCUCCUCUAUCAGAAACACUGCAAAUGGGAGUAAACAGUCAGGCACUCUGCAGUGCUUUGGGGGCUGCUGCCUCUCACCCAGCACGUUCCCUGCUCAGAGCACACCAGCAAGCCUGAUGAUCAUGGUAUUUCUCUCAUAAUUGAUGGUUGGUGGCUGCUGCAAACCUGGCACCAUGGGGACCUCAGUGCUUCACUGGGGUCAGGGCUCGUGGGCCUAACAGGAUCCUCUGAAGGCUGCCCUCUCAAAGGGCCUAUGGGUAGAAUUUGGGUUGAUGUCCAAAGCUUGUUCUUCCCCUGACCCCCGCCUUGUGGCUUGGGAGCUUUCACACAAAGCCUUCACAAAGGAACAUCUGGCACAUAGAAGGUGCCCAGGAUCCAGAAACCAUUGGAAUUCCCAGUUUAGAAGCAACCUUUGCCCCUUCCCAUUGAAUGUAAUCUCUGCCCAAGCCUUGAGAUACAAGGGGUUAUGGUCAUGAGGUUCUUUGUCUCUAGAGGCUGCGAUUUCCACAGUACAUGACUCCUGAGAGCCUGUGAUUUUUUUGACCUCGUAGUUCUAAAAUGCCACAGCARUUGGGCUGGGGAUGUGGCUCAAGCGGUAGCGCGCUCGCCUGACAUGCGUGCGGCCCGGGUUCGAUCCUCAGCACCAC